AUGGUAGGUUCGCUGGUGUAUUGUCUUUCUAUUGUUCCAUUUUUCUUCAAUCUCACUACCCGCAGCGAACCUCCGGACCAAAAAUUUCUGACGAUGAAGGAAGACCAAGAUCCCAGCGAUGACAGUUACCCAUCCCAGAUGCAGUCAUCGCCUUUAACUUCCUCAUUUCGAGGUGACGAUACUUGGACUAAGGGUUCCAUUACACCAAAUUUACUUUCCAAAACCCGACUGGACAACCAACGUCAUGACCAUCAUUGGAUUGUGAUAAGUAUACAGUCUGUAUUUCAUCGAUUCGUCAGCGUUGUUCACCGAAUACGACACACACGGUGGGGAAUACCAACGCUGGUCAUGGUUAUCAUCAUGCCUCCCACUCUUCUAUUUAUCCCCAUGCUGGCCCUCGCCGACGCGCUGUUGCAUUUGGCGCAGGUAAUCGUGGCUACUGUUCCACACUACGACGAUGGCCUCUCCCAACUAAUUUGGAUUUGGGAUUGGAUUUGGGGGCAGAUAUUGAGAUCCGUGGACGGAAGGAGGCGUCGACGAUUCCUGAUUAUCACAGGGACUCUUCUAUCGAUCACAACCCCCCACACGAAGCAACGGCGAUCACAAUACGAUAAGUGA